GCAUUCUCGAGUGGCCUGUAUGCGUGGGUCGGGGACGAUGUAGAAGAUAGAGUAUUGAGAAAGUACGGAAAGCUUUGAAUUUAUCUUUAUUUCUUUCCCAGGAUUGCCACUGUUGCCGUGCACGUGCGUGCCAGGUUCUGCAAGUGACACCGAAGAAUGGCUGAGCCUUAUGGGCCACCGGAAUGCAAUAAAGGGCAGCUGAGGCUUCAUGAGUAGCCCAAUGUCCUCUGCCAACGGUCUCGUCUGCUUCACCAACUGUCUCCUCCCGCAAGAGGAUGGAACUCUGCUUCAAAAGGACCUUUGGAUUGAUCAAGUUCGGGGGGUCAUUCUGGAUGCUCAGCGGUCCUUUUAUUUGAGAAAAGAAAGGCCCGAGAAAGUGAUAGACCUGGGCGGGAACGUCCUCAGUCCAGGCCUCAUCGAUAUCCAAAUCAACGGAGCGUAUGGCUUUGAUUUCUCAGUGUUCGACGGCGAUGAGGAGACCUACAAAGGCGGCCUAGUCUCCGUCGCAGAGAAGAUUGUCGAAACAGGAGUCACUUCACUUGUUCCUACUAUUAUUACCCAAGAAAGGUCGCUCUAUCCCACCUUGCUCCGUCUCCUUCGGCCGUACAGCUCUCCCACGUCUGCGAACUUGUUGGGAUGGCAUGCAGAGGGCCCGUUCAUCGACAUGGCGAAGCGCGGUGCGCAUGCCCCGUCCUUCCUUCUCUCAGCCAAGGAGGGCUUCCGGUCUUUCGAGGACCUGUACGGCACCGCCAACUUGGCAGACAGCGAGGACUGGCUCAUGGAAGACUCGAUGGGUGUUCGCAUCAUCACUGCCGCUCCUGAGAUCGAGGGCGUUAUGCAGGCGGUGUCCGAGCUUGACAAGCGAGGCGUCGUGUUCUCCAUAGGACAUAGCAUCGCUACUUCUGAUAUAGCAACUUCUGCUGUACGAAAUGGAGCGAGGCUUAUCACCCAUCUCUUCAAUGCAAUGCCGCAGUUGCACCACCGGGACCCGUCCAUCAUCGGUCUUCUCGGGGCAUCUCCUCAUCUGGCUUCACCCUUUUCUCCUAUAACUGGACAGCCUUACUCUCCCAUGCAGGCGCCAGUGCCAAAGCGAACCCACUCUUUCAAGCUGAGUGUACCAGUAACUGGCUCGGAGGCCUUUGAUGAUGUUGUUACCCCUCCCCAAACGCCUCUGUUCGCCCGAUACCGUGACAAGAAAUCCCCUCCCAAGACCGGCGAGAACUAUGACUUCAUGAGGCCAUUCUACGAGCUGAUUGUUGAUGGAAUCCAUUCGCAUCCCAACUCUGUUAGGUUGGCUUACUCUGCGUAUCCUGAAGGCUGCAUCCUCAUCACGGAUGCUAUGAAGAUCCUAGAUCCCCAUCUCCACGAUGGGGUGCAUGAGUGGCGCGACGGUAAGCGCUUUGUGAAGGAAGGAGAUAAGCUAUACUUGGAGGGAACCGACACGCUUGCCGGAAGUGUUGUGACCCUAGAUAAAUGUGUCCGCAAUUUUACUCGGUUCACAGGCUGUGAUAUGGGGCAAGCUAUCAAGUGUGCGACCAUGAACCCCGCCAAGUGUUUGGGCAUCGAAGACAGAAAGGGAACGCUGCGACCGGGAGCCGACGCGGAUCUUGUCGUAUUGGAUAAACAGGGAUAUGUCCAGAGUACGUGGGUGAAAGGAAGGGAGCUGUGGACGAGGAGAGCGUGAUGAGUAAAUCUUUAUAUGUAUUGGACAGACUCU